AAUUUUUUCUGACCGAUUUCGCUAUUAUUGCGCUUCGCGGCGAUCGUGUUACACGCGUAAACGUGAUGUAUUGUAUCACAUAUUGUAUGUUGUGCAAUCGGUAUCGUUUUCCUUCGAUGUUAUUUCGUUCAAAUGUCUGCGGCGCACUCGAGUUGUUGAAUAAAUAUGAAAAACAAAUCCGCGCGCGGAUAUUCGUGCGAAUUCGUUCGUUUCAAUUACAUCAAAAUUACAUGUACAUUUUAUGCCGGGCAAAGGUUGCCGAUUACAAUUGGAAACAAAAACGUAACGAGAAUAAUAAUUCGCGGACUGAAAACACACAAUUUGAUAUUCAAUAAUUCGCUCAAAUUUUCAAGUGUAAUUCUCACCCCUUAUACGAUAGAACACAAAUAUUAUUUGCACAGUUCGCAGUUUUGCGUAAUGUUCAGGCAAAAGAAAAUCAAGUCUCGCGACAAAGCGUCCAAAAAUCGUAGUAAAAAUUCGAUUAAAUCGGAUAACCUAUCGUUGUCGAUCUCGAGCGAUACCAGCACCAAAUGCUCCACCGGAAAAUCGAAGCGCGCGUUCUCGACAAUUUUACCGGCCGAAAGUCAUCGACCGCGCGUGGUGUCUGAAGAAGCGCAACUCGACGCGGCGGUGCAUUUCGGGAAGUUUUACGAAGUUCAAAGUAACAACGCGGAAAAAUUAUAUUGCGAUCAACGAAAUGAUCCCGCUGACGGGCUCCGAACACGUCGUUCGGAGUUCACCAGACAGAUGGUGCACAAAUUGGAGCGAAUAACCGAUGCGAAAGAUUACGCGCGACAGGUGUCGAUUCUUCUGAAGGAGACGGUGGAACCGCCCAACUUUAAAUUAAAUUCGCUCCUAUCGGAAAAUUCAAUUCCCGAUAGAAGAUGCUCGGAUUAUCCGCUUUGGUACAAGGAGCCUCAUGAAGCGCCAUUAGCGUUCUCAAAUCCUAACGCGCAACUUGACGCGCGUGAAAUUUAAUAUACGGAAGAAUAAUGUGACAAAUUGCAAAAUGCUCAAGCAACAAUAAGAAUUUUACAAAGAUGUUAAAGAUAUUAAACACAACGAAAUGUUAAAAUCCGAUUAUCACAUCACGUUGAUAAAAACAAUCCUCAGUCGAUAGAGUAAAGAAGUAAGCACAGUAGAGACGAGUAGAAACGAGAGUUUCUACUUACAUCUCAUUGUUUAGGAACAAUCGGCAAAUGUUACCAGUGUAUUCGUGCAAUUUUUCGCGCUUGUUCACUGCGUGCGAAAUAAACGAGUUAAAUGAGAUUAAAAUAAAAAAAAAAAAAAAAAAACCAAAACCCAAAUACGAGUCAUUGAAGUGUUAAAUAAUUUGUUUUUCGCAGCGCGCUCGGUACAGAGAAAGAUGCGAUCGUUAGAAAUGCGCGACGGUCCGCCGCUUUUCUCGUAAGAAACCUGGCAAUUAACGUUAUAGCGGCGCGCGCUGAGAUUGAGUAUUGUUCGAGUUAUGGCCUCGAGACAAGAAUUCAUUUCGGAUUUUCAUCCCGUGAGCGCUAAUUAGGAGCCGGCCGGUCAUUAGUUCGCACAGUGUUACGUCGUAAUUAAGUUCCGACUGACUAUUACCGGCUGCUAGAAUAAUUAAUUAAGAAAAUCACAAAGGUGUGUACUAGCGAAAAAUAGUUAAUUCAAGUCGUUCCACGCGCGACAAGCAACCGGAAAUUCCGCGCAGCGCACAUUAAUACACAAAAACACUGCAGCAGAUACGAUAAUCAGAAGUACGUAGAAAAAAAAAAAACACCGUGCUUUAAACACUUCUAGUAUGAAAAGAUCAAACGGGAAUAAAAAUUAAUACGAUGAAACGUAUUGGCUAAUGUAGCGUGUUGACGAAUAAUAAAGGCCUAACGUCGUCAAAAGACCCGAGGUUACAUUGUAUUGUUUUCGCCUCGGUGGAAAUUCAAGGGGGCGUGUGUGGUAGGGUGGCACUCUUAUCGAUUAUUCCGUCCGUCAGAGCAAAGACGAAUCCCAUGUAUUUUUAACGAAAGCGAAAACGAGAUUUCACAAAGCUGAAACACCCCCCGACGCGAACUGAUUUAUUAAAAUCGAGUCUCGCGUGCCACCUCGAUACGUUCAGCCAAUAAACGUUCUCCUAAUCGCGCGCGAUCAGAAUACAAAUUUAUUUCAAAUAAAAACGCGUUUUCAAAAAAUAUUUUAUACAUCGUUACCGUCAAUUUCUCGGAUUUUUAAUGCGCGAACGAUGUAAUUUGCGUUAGCACGUGUAAAUUAAUAUGCAAAUAGAUUUUGUUUUAUUUCUUCGUAUUUCUGCAUGAAAUUUUGGAAAAGAUAAAUUUAGUUUUUGCUCGGAUGGGCACAUAUACAUCAUUUGUAUAUUAAAAAAAACCCUAAAAUUUUGUAUUUAAAUUAUAUUUCAACAUUC